CCAGCAUCCUCGCCAUCUUGUCCAUAGACAGGCUCACUAGACGCCUUCCUUUUCAGCUUGAGGCCGUCUCGGGCAGCGAACCAGCACCUGUUGGUGUUUGUCUUGAUCGUUGUGCGUAGUCCUUCAAGAUGUCAACCAGGACGGAGCGCAUGUCCGAUAAGGCUCAAAACGAGCGGAAUGCCAAGCUUCUCAAAGAAUUGAUGGCUCGAGCAGACAAUCGUCGCUGUGCAGACUGCCGUAAAAAGGAUCCUCGAUGGGCUUCGUGGAAUUUGGGCGUGUUCGUUUGCAUUAGAUGUAGCGGGCACCAUAGGUCCUUGGGAACGCACAUCUCUAAAGUUAAAUCUGCGGAUCUUGAUUCUUGGACGGAAGAGCAGGUUCUCAAUAUGGCCAAGUGGGGUAAUGCUAAAGCAAAUCAAUAUUGGGAACAUGAUUUGCCUUCAAACUUUACGCCUCCCGAAAGCAACAUUGAUCAUUUCAUUCGGUCAAAGUAUGAAAGAAAGCAAUAUGCUAUGAAGGGACCGGUUCCGGACCCGGAGACGUUGAAGCUUCCGGAUGGCGUUUCUACCACCCCUGCUAGUGCAGCUACACAGCCCAAACCAGUCGCUGUUUCCGCCGCUCCAGCCGCUCAAGCUCAGUUUGCAAAUUUUGCAGCUGCCCCGGCUGCCCCAGCUGCCUCGACACCGGCCCCAUCUGCUGCACAACAGUUGUUUGAUGCUUUCCAGUCACCACCACCACAGCAGCAACCGCAGGCUCAACAGCAACCGUCUCAAGGAGAUUUGAAGAACUCUAUUCUCUCACUGUACGGUAAUGCUGGAUCGUCGGCACCAAGUAACCCUGCGAACAUCUCAGCGGUUCCCGGAUUUGGUAAUUUCGGUGCAUUUCCACCACAACCCCAGCCAGGAGGAUUCGGUGCGUUGACAUCACCACAACCGGUAUCCAACACUUUUGCUGGCUUUCCGCCCUCCAAUACUGGUUUAAUGUCACCAGCUUUUGCAAGCGGCUUCACCAGUGCACCAGUUCCGUCUCAGUCGCCACCUCAGAAUCAACCCCUUGGUGCCCAAUUUUUUGGGGCUAGUCCCGUACAGAAACAGCCUAGUACCAUGGGAGGGAUACCGGAUUUUGCGGGAUUUAGCUCAGCAGCUGCUGGACAAGGAGCGCACAACCAAGGGCAAGCCAACCCUUUGGGGCCUACGUCCGACGAUUGGGGCGCUUUCCAGUAGUAUCUAGCGGCAGUUGUUGGGCUUUGGUGUUGUGACCAACGUUGAUCUGUCAUGCACAAUAGAUGACAGAUACCGAUUUGCGUGCAGUGUUGAUACACUUGUCACUACUUUGCUUUGAGUAGCUCUUGCACCUACGGCCUGAACAUUAUCUACAACGUGACUUUCACAUUUCUAUUAACUGUUAAUAAACUCAUUAAGUACUAAUUAGAAACAAGAGCAUGCAGUGAAUGCAUGUGAUUAGGAUGAUGCUAUCAACAAAUAAUGUUAAUAUAAUCCGCUCGCUCGUCCCGAAGCCAUUCCAGC